UGUUGAAAUCCUUCUCCACAUAUUCCAACAUGUUGCUCACCAUUACCUGUAGUGUGUAGUGCGAUGUUUUGGGCAAUUGCAACGUAACUUCUGUCAGACCUUGUGAUAGAUAGAGUAACCAUACACCGGGGUCUUGAGCUUUGGGUAUGUUCGGGGAAGGCUCAAUACAUGUCAUAAAAACCAAAAAUGUUUCCGAAACUAUGGUUAAAAACUUACUGGAAAUUACCUGGAUGUUAUCUAUUAUAAUGCAAAUUUGAAUUUUAACCGAUCUCAUCACAUCGGUCAUCUGACCUUUAAAGACCCAGAAUAUAAACAGUUAAAAAAAUGACAGUUUGGAGAAGCAAUAAGUUAUCGGUGGGGCAGUUAUUAUGCAUCCCUAACUUUUAGUAUUUUUCGUUCACUUUCUCUUAAGGAAUGAGUGCUUUACUCACUUUUUAAACAUCCCGCUGUUACUAUAUGGAUAGUAUGUAGCACAUUUGCAUAUUGAAAGGCAAGGUUCCCAUGUCUUGCAUGACUGAUAGCACUCAAAUCUGUUUCACAGUCAGCAACUGUCAGCUUUUAGCCAUAUUUAAAGCAGCUAAUCCUACUCAAUGCUAUUUCCUUAAUUCCUAUCGGUACAUUUGCAUCCCGUGGUGGUCUGUAGGAACUGUUGAUGCUGUCUGUGUUUUCAGGUGACCAAGAUGUCUGAGGAACACUCAAGAAAGUGGACAAGAUGCAGGCAUGUACUACAAUGGGUCAGAAGAGGUCAUUUGACAAGAGAAGUCAGAGGGAUGGGAUUUUUAUGUCGCAGUUUUUAAACUGUACACAAGAGGGCAGGAGUGCCGACAUGGAUAAAACCUUCCAGAAGGGCGUGCCUGAAUCCGAGCAUAGUUCUGAUCAGAGAACAGAAACUUUUAAGCUAGAGGAUGCAAAAGUCAGCAAUUUGAGGUUGAGCUUCGAUGUUCCUAACCAAACCGCAGAUGCAAGGCACUGUGACCAAGUGGGAGAAAAUGUCAAACCAGAUGGGAGUAAGACAAACAAUUUAGCAUCAGUUUCAUCCGGGGAGGCAACAAAAGACGAUGGCAGAAUGACAAAAAGCUGCCGGAGAAAGACCGUCAAAGCCAGACAGCCAACGCGAACCAGUCAGAGAAUGUGCAGAAAGAUGUUCCAUACAGAAUCCAGUACUGAUGAGGAGAAGGAACCGAGUAGAAAGCACUUUUGUUUUUACUGCCAGAUGUCUUUCAGCCAGCUGGAAAAGCAUUUGGAGAAGAAACACGCGGAGGAAACCGAUGUGGCCCACGCCAUUCACUUUCCUAAAGGCUCCAAAAUCAGACAAACAUUGCUGGACCAAAUCCGCGACAAAGGCAAUUAUGAACAAUGUGCCAAAGCUCUCCGAAAGGUUGGUGACAAAGAUGACCACACACAUACAGAGGUGAAGAGUCCUAAAAUAUGCAUGCGGGACUUUCUCCCCUGCCAGCAGUGCUAUACUUUUUACCAUAAAACCGACUUGUGGUGCCAUGAGCAGUCCUGCAAAGCCAGGAAAGGUGACAACAAAUCCCCUGAAAUUCCAAAUGUGGAAUCUGUGGGACAAAGCCCCACCUCGCAACUGCUUCCCAUGUCAAAGUUCUCGACUGACGGUUGCAGGGAAAUUAUCCGCACCAUGCACCAGGACGACAUCACUCGGCGCAUAAUCCACGAUCCACUCAUUUGCAAAUACGGCAGCGCCUUGUCAGCCAAGUACAACUACGACAAAUCUCAGUUUGGCUACAUUGGACAAAAAAUGCGGCAGCUGGGCAGGUUCAUGAUCGCCAUCAAUGAGCUGGACGGCAGUGUGAACUACCUGCACCAAUUGUGUCUCCCGUCCAGGUUUGAAUUGGCAGUGGAGGGUGCCAAGAAAGUCAGCGGUUUCGACCCCAGUUGCAGUCGUUUCAAAGCCUUUUCCCUGGUCUCCAAAAUUGGCUACUCCUUGAAACGGGCUGCUGAGAUAGCCUUUGGCGAGAGUUGCAUGACCGAAGAUCGGCUGACAGAGGGUGAGGUGAGAGCCUUCAUUCAGUUAGUGGAAACCAAAUGGAGCGAGCGCUUUUCUCGCAGGUUGCUAUCGUCAUCAUCCACCAAACCGGACGUUCGGAAGGCAGAGGUUAAUGCAUCCAGUGUGACGGAGGACCUGAUUAAACUCUACAGGUUCAUUGCUGAUGAGGGGGACGCAGCCAGGCGGGAGCUGAGGUACAAUCCCAGUGUGGCCAACUGGAAGAAGCUGUGUGAGGCCACACUGGCCGACAUUUGCCUCUUCAACAGAGCACGCGUAGGCAACAUUGGCCGGCUCCUUUUGCAAACAUAUGCCGGGAAAAAGCUUGGGGGAGUCUUUGUUCCGUCAGCUGAUCAAAUCAAGAAAUGCUCCAAACUGGAGCUGGAGGUCAGUGGCCAUUUCAGCCGGGUGGAACUGGAAGGUCAGUUUGGCAGGAAUAUGUUGGUCCUGCUCACCGAAAAGAUGACCUCGUCACUAGAUUUGCUGGUGGAAAGCCGCCAAGAGGUUGGGGUUUCCAAAAGCAACCCUUACCUCUUUGCCCGGACUGAAGGACACUCUUUCAUCCGAGGGCUUGAUUGCUUCCGGAGGGCGGCUGUAGAAUGUGGCGUGAAGAACCCUGAAGCGCUCCUGUCACCGGCGCUAAGGGAGCAAAUCGCCUGCUGCUGGCAGCUAAUGAGCCUCAGCCAAGGUGAGCUGGAUCAAGUUGCCAGGCUGCUCGGAAAGACCAUUCAGGAGUGCUAUGCCUUGUCCAAAAACUCAUUGCACCUGGAGGAGGCUAGUAAACACUUGCUCCAGUUAGACCGCAUGCGACCAACAAUUCCAGCUAACACAGCCAGCAAUGGAAGUCCAUCCAAAACUGUUCUGAAAAGGCGACCGUGGAGCGAGCGUGAGCAGGCUGCCGUCAGGCAUCACAUGAGUGAAUUUUUAAGAAGAAUGAAAGUUCCCGGGAAGAAGGACUGCAACGCCUGCAUUACUGCCGAACCGGAUCUGGGUGGCAGAUCUUGGACUGAUGUGAAAAACUAUGUGCACAACAGCAUCCAGACCAUGCGUAGACGGAGUAACCAGCACAGGGGGGAAGCUAACACCAGAGCUCUAAAGCCCAAAAGAGUGGUAGAGGAAGUCCAAAGAACAGAAUUGGACAACGGUUCGACAGGUUGUAGUUUGUCUUCGAGAUUUCAGGACCACUUGACAGAAAAUGUAAAUUGUUCCAUGUCCAUGCUACCACAAGAAUCAAAUCCAUACACCCCAGAGAUGCCUUUAAGCUACAUGUCUUUGUGUUCUCCUAGUCCAAAUCUGGUCCACACCAGUCAGCCAAUGAUGUCUACGUUCACGUCGUUGAACGCCACCGACACUCAAGUGGUACCCACGUUCACGCCACUCAGCACCACCAGUGCGCUCAUGUCGCCCAUGUAUGCAUCCGAAACGGACAGCAUCCAUCCAAUGGCUCCUCCUUAUUCGGCAAAUACCUCAAAUAUGCCUCCCCCAGUUUAUGCCGAGUCUUUAAACUCUACUAUGCUUCCAAGUUAUGGUGUUCCCAACACCUCCAUGCUUCCCACAUUCACGACACUAAAUUCCCCGACUCUGCCCUCUGUCCCGACCUUCUCCUCAACUUUAAGCGACCGAAACGCGAUGAUGGUGUCCUCCUUCACGGCACCCAACCACACCAACGCCCCUCCCUACCCGACCAGUCAGCCGACGACUUCCAUGACAGCGCAGGUUGUCCCAACAGUCCAGAAAGUCAGCAUUCACGAUGGGGCUUCCCCACCACUUCCUGCUCACCAAAACCAACCACACAAACAAAGCCCAUCUACUGCCAAACCCCAAAAGAGGCACAAAAGGUUGUGGAGCACCGAGGAGCAGGCUGCAGUCCGACGACAGUUUGGAGACUUCUGCAAACUGCUCAAGGUGCCGGGAAAAAAGGACUGCGAUGCAUGCUUGGCAGCAGAGCCGGCCUUGACUAGCCGCACGUGGCGGGAAGUCAAGUAUUUUGUCCACAAUAACAUUCAGUCCAUGAAGAGACGUGGCCUCGCGGCAGCUCUGCCUGUGAUCACUGAACAACCUAAACAGGAACUCCAGACUCCAGCAUCAAAUGCAGAGUGGGACGGUCCUGUAUAUCUGUCCCUGUAAAUAGCGCUAGCUUAACUUAACAUGUAAUAUGUUAUUGCAAAAGUUUAAAAACUACAUACAAACAUUCAGAUCUCGAGUACCACACUCUACAGUUUGCAUCAGGUGCGUGAAUGGCAUGCAAUACCUGCGUCCACUACAUAAAUAAUAGGGGUGUAACGAAAAAUCACGUCUUGGUUUUAAGGUGACAGUUCCGUUUACAUUGGGUACACUUAAGGGAGUGAUUCCAAACCAGAAAGAGCAUUAAUUGCAUUGGUACACUGCCGAUGUUCAAAAAUAGCCUCUGGAAAAAAAAAAAAAAAAAAACAUUUUUCAAACAUAGCUACAGUAUGUGUCGCUUACAUGUUCAAAGUGCCUUUUAGAGCACCUAAAAACAUAACUGCAUGUAUAGAUAGUUAAAUAUCACAAUUGCACAAUAUGUGCCCACAAAGUUACACCUCUAUCUCGGAACUGAGCUCUUCUUUUUUUGUAUUCUGUUUCCCAACAUGUUCCCUGUAUGAAUACAUUUCUUUACAGUUUAAAAUACAGGUGUCAAACUAUUUUUUUGCGUGGGCCACAUUGUAGUUACAGAUUCCCUCAGAGGGCUGUUAUGACUGAGAAACCAUGAAAAUCGUUUGCCUCAUCAUAUUUACACAUUAAAUUAUGAACUAGUUUGGUAAUAACUGUUCAUGAUGUUUGGUAACACACAAAUCCUUGCAAUAUUUCACCGUUAUCAUAUAGAAUAAGGCAAUUUGAAAUUUUGGUACAGAUUUUGAAAAAAAUCACGGACGUUGAUACACAUGAUAUGCCUUCGUGGGCCACAUAAAAUCAUGCGGCGGGCCAGAUCUGGCCCCCGGGCCUUGAGUUUGACACGUUUUCAAAGAAUGUCUGUUUCAAAAAAAUGCAAAUCCAACCUAGGAUGCACAUUAAAUAUUUCACAUUAUACAGUUUUUGUUUACAAUCCCAUAAAUUCAUACAUAAAUCAGAACCUUGUAAAGUCUGUAACUAACCUACACCAGCACAGUAGUAAAGUAAAGAUACACUAUUUGUAUUAAAAAUGAAUUUAAAAAUUUGUAAAAAAAAAAAAAAAAAAUAGUACAGUUGUCGACAGCAUCAUUAACCAAGGACCCCUUUAAUUUGAUGAAAUGUCUGUCACCCAUCCAUCAAUGUAUGGCAGUGGUCGAGUACACCCUGAACUAGUUUUGUUCCAUUCGCUGUAAAUUGAUGAUUACAGUAAAUGUUAAUGUAAAAUUUCUUUUGACCCAUGAAUAUAAAACGGAAAAAACAACUAGGGUGUUUAACAAAGUGUGCCUUCUUGAUGCUGUACUCUUAUGCUUCCCUGCAGACUAAACUGUUACGCGGCAUUUGUAAAACUCCCUUCGGGACCAUGGUAAACAUACCCCCUAUAAGAUUUUUUUUUCUCUUUUUCGGAAAAUUAACAAGUAUUAACGGCUUAACACUUAUGAGAUACCAUCAAAAAACACAUUUAGCCAGACAGCUGCUAGCCAGAGGCUGAGCUGGCGGACUUUGUUUUGUUUUGUUUUUUUUAAAUGGCUUAACCUGUCCCUUACCUAAUUUGUUCCAUGCAAGAACUUUGUACCCCUCUCAGUGUUCCCCUCCCAAAAAUCUGAUCCUGUUACACCCCUGGUAAAUAGCAUGACGUCAUAACAGUGACCAAAAGUUCAUUUCUCUUUCCAAUACAUGUUUAAAAUGUGUUUUAAACGGUUAAAAAUGUCACUGCUCUUAUAUUUUAAAGAGGCUACGUUUCUUACAAAAAAUGUACUUCCACCAUUGCAUAACACUUGCAGACUGCUGUGUCAAGCUCUGGUUUAGUCGACUGAACCUCCCUCUGAACUAACCCUACCAACGAAAUGACUUCAACUGAAAGCAUUUCUACUCUUGCGCUUGUGGAGUUUGCAUAUAACGUAAUUUCCGGCCGACAAGCCGUGAAUUUUUUCACACGCUUUCAACCCUGCAGUUUACAGUGUGUGGUGCUAGCGUUAGCAUGGAGCUAGCAUUAGCGCACCUGGUUAUAAGCCUCGGUACACAGAGUUUAACGCUAACGCUGCACUAAUGCUAGCACUAACACUAGCCCCGUGUUAAUGCUAGUGCCGUCCUAAAGCUCGCGCAGCGCUAGCGUUAAACUCUAUGUGUGCUGAGGGUUAUAACCAGGUGCGCUCUGUAGGCUGGGAAUUGCAGUACACUUAAUGUGUAAUGCCUAGAUCAGACUACAUGAUUUUAGCCCCGAUAUUAGGCUGAUUAGCUAUUAUAGGUGUUUUCCCAGAUCGGGCCCAACGUAUUUUGUCAUGAACGACAAAAUUUGUCAUAGUGUACAUAUUCCACGACCAGCAAUUUGGCGCUACGACAGCCCCUACAAUAACACAAUGAAAAGCCUAGUAGAAUUUUGGAGGCGGUGGGGAAUAUCCACCGUGUAGUGUAUCAUAUUGGUGACAAUGUUCUGACAGUGCACCUUGAGGUUGACAACACACACACUUAAUACAUUGCCAGGAUCCAUUGCUGUUGUGGUCACCACGGUAACGGGUGUAUCUAGUAGCAUUGUCCAGCGACACAUUUUCGGGUUGCGCUUCUCCAACAGUGUAUAAUUUGAUGAGACACAGUCCAGCAAAUGCAAAAGAACUGUAGUACAGGUACAGUAGUAUCUGCAUACAUCGUGUAGUGUUGCCAGUCUGACCAAGAUAUGGAAAGGGUUUAUGGUAGGAGUCUGACAUUGUGCAAUUGUGAGAAACCAAAUUUAUCUCGUAGUGCGAUCAAGGCGUAAAAUUGUUUUCCGUGUUUUAAUAUGUUCCUUUCAAAACCAAAUGUAAAUGAGAAUUUCAUCCCCCCAUUUUAGCCACCAGUUGGUUCUGAUGUUCAUUUCUACCUAUUUAGCUAUGAGGUUUAUGUUGUAGAUGGCCCCUGUAUUGGUAGUAAUAUGUAUACUUGAACCCAUGUUCAUGUUUAUAAUCUCUUUAUUAUGCUGCCCUGUACAAGAACUACGUAGAAUAAUUUUUUUACUUUGUGUAUUUUGUGUGAGAAAGAGAAAAUACUACAGUGGUUGGGAAAAUUAGAUACCCAAGAUUUGAUUAUUACUGGCCCACAACCAAACCUCCCAAAUACUUUUUUUAAUUAAUUAUUAUUAUUACUGUUAUUGUGUGUGUGUGUGUCUGUGUGUGUGUGUGUGUGUGUGUGUGUGUGUAAAUAUAUAUAUUUAUAUAUAUAUAUAUAUAUAUAUAUAUAUAUGUGUGUGUGUUACGGUUAUCCCAGUUCCCGAUGCCGGACUUUAGUAUAAACACUAUGGUUGUAGCUAUUGAAUGAAUAUUUUGUGAAUGAAGUAUUUUACAGAUUAUCUUGUCGGUUUAAUCACCAAAUCACAGAAUUGAUUUUCCAUUUUAAACACUAUAAUGCGCAUGUGAGGUGUAGGUAAAGUAUUGUUUUUCUCCACGUGCGGUCAUCAUCCUUGGACGCUAAUUUACUGUAGCAUCUGUGGCUUUGUGUGAGUAAAGCUUUAAAAGGCGGGGCCUGGGCUGGUGAGUGAUGUGGGCAUCAGCAUAUAAGGGUUUAUAGUUGGCUGGCUAUUAACUGAUUAAAUUAACUAAACGCAAUGUUAUGUUGUGCUUCCGGCCUUAAUGUGCUGUUUCAGUACAUGUUACACUUUAUCUUCCUUUUCGAAUCUUUAGUAGGUAGCUUUUUUAUUUUUUCCAAAAGUGUUUUUUGCCCAAGCCACCACUGAAGAUGAGCCAAUGCUGUUUUAGCCCAUCAGAUCGUCUGUCGUCUUGUUGUAUUUUUCAGUGUUUCUUUACAUUUAGUGAAUGUCUUCUUUAUUUCCUGCGCUUUCAACUUGGUGACCCACCGAAAAUGACAUUUUAGUCUAACAAUCGGUCGAGGGCGACCCAUUGCCAUAUGUAAAAAGAUCACUGAACAUUAUUUUGUUUCUGUAGCAGAGAAUAAUCAUACAAUAAUUACUGCGUAAACAAAUACAAUACUUGCCGUAAAUGAACAAAACGUCUUACUAUACUUGCUCAAAUAAACAGUAAAAUAUAUUACAAAUAAUGCAAGCGGAAAUAUAGGGAACCACUCAUUCUAUUUCAGUUUGAUACAUUUAUCACAAAUUCGAUGGGCGAAAUAAAUAAAUAGCCAUCUGCUUUACACAAAAUCCAUACACCUUAGCUGACCAACAAGGUGCCUGAAGUAAAAUAAGCAAAGUACAGUCCGAGCGAUGCAUGCACAAAACGUAGCAAUAACAGUGAAUUUAGAACCAUUGCCUCUAAAUUUUCCCCCACUGGCUGUCAUUCCAAACAAAAUAAAUAUCUUGUAGAAUGUUGUCCAAAAAUCACACACGAGGGGACCUCCUACAUCAUAUGGAAGUUUCUGUGUUUGUAAUACCGAAUUCCAAAGAGAACUUUAGCACGAUAGCUGCAAGUGUGAAAUGACCCAAAAUGUGGGACUUUUUUUUUUUUCACUGAUAGACUUUCCCCCCCUCGGUCGUGGUUUACUAUCUUAAUUUCUGUCUACAUAAAGUAGUUCAUGGCACUUGUUGUAACAUUAGUUUGGUUGGAUAAAUGAUCCCUGCAAAGCUUCAAGGCAGAGAUUUUGGUUUGACUUUGUUUUUUUAAUAAUAGAAUUAUUCGAUAAAUUUUUGCAGUCUCAUUAGCUAAUCAAAACUUGAGUCCUGCAUGGGUCGUAUUUUUUUUUUUUUUUUUUUUUUUUUUAAGAUCGAGCUCCAAUUCGCCGAUAUAUGACCUGAAGGGUCACUCUUUUGGUAUUACGUACUGUACAUUGGAUAAGUCUGUUCAAUACGAAUGAAAACCCUCACAAUCUAUAUUUGUUUUGUCCAGAAAUGUAUUACAGAGCUCCUCCAGUCUAUCCUGUUGUAGUUUAUCGUUUACCGUAAAAAUAAAACUUCUCCAGUAUUGUCCAGACAUUUUAAACGUUCUUCCAACAUUGCUGUUAAUAUCCAUCAAAAAAGAAGUCCUAUUUUUCAAUUUUGGUCUUAGUUACCACGUGUUCCCCAGUCAAUGCCUUUUAUGAUGUAUCGUAAGGAACUUAGAAUCUGUGCUUGUACAAUAAAACAUUUUUUGUCUCAA